AUGGUGGAGAAGCGAAAGGCUGAAAAGCAACAGCCUGCCGGCCCCGUUAGCGCUGUCGCUGCUUUGGCCGCGCGCAGAGCUCGACAGCAGCAAGCUCAGAGCGCGCAGGCACCGAAUGAUGUGCCGCAAGUUGUUCCUGAGGCUGAGCCGCCUUCAAAAAAACCACGACCAUCUCUUGAGGGUUUCGAGUCCACUGAAACAAACGGGAAUCGCCGUGAUGCGCGAAAUAGGGCCACGAAAAAACACGAGCCAUUGGCUGCAGUGAUGAUGGCCAAACGCCCAGUGGGAGCUACCCGGUCCCCAAAAUCAGAACCAGAGCCUGAGCUAGAUGUUACCCCCGAGCGCGCACAGAACGAAGAGUCUGGACAAGAGCAUGCUGAGGAUGCCCAAGAGAUGAAUGAGGACGACGUUGCGUCGGUUGUGGGUGACCCAGACGGCUAUGAGUCGCCUGCAGAAACACCAGCGGAGCUCCAGAAUUUCCCAUUAUCGAAGGCUCGGUUGAACAAAAGCAACAUAGUGUAUAGUGAUGAGAAUACCCUUUGCAUUCGCAUCAAGGAACGCACGAAUCUGGCACUGUUGGGCCAUUAUGAUCUCUGGGUCAAAAGGGGUGUUGUCAGUCUUAUGGGCGCGAAAUUGCACCCAUCCUCACAACUUCACAGAGUUUAUGCCCCCUCUACUCACUCUUUGCCAGUCAUCAAAUGUGUAGCUGGCGUUGACGGUGACGCAGAAGUCGAAAUUAAGUCGUGCAACAGCGGCAUUGCCCGUCUUCGUGACCUUUCGCCUUUAUACCAAAAGAUCUGGACCGGCGAUAACACCGUUGCAGAUAAGAUUACCCUGAAAGGUGUCGCCAAAGAAUCGAAGCGGACUUUCUCGGUGUUGUAUACUUCGGCAGAUGAUUCCUUAAACAGACAUCUCCGACCACUCCACCUCGAUAAGAAAUGGAGUGCUUCGAUGAAAGCACUCUCGCAACGUGAAGGUCGGCUACGUGUCCUAAUUUGUGGUCCUAAGGCUUCUGGAAAGUCCACAUUUUGUCGCUACUUGUUGAAUCAUGUUCUCAGUCCGACACCCGAGACCGAAAAUGGAUAUAUCAAUGCCGACGGAGUUGCUUUCCUGGAUCUAGAUCCGGGCCAGCCUGAGUUCGCCCCUAUGGGUCAAGUCUAUCUUGCGCGUUUGCGCUCACCAUUCUUCGGUCCUCCUUUCACUCACCCGUCACUGGACGAUUCCCAAGGCGGGGAAAUCGUGCGGGCGCAUCACAUCGGCGCAACGUCGCCGAAAGAAGACCCUGAUCACUAUGCGCUGGCCGUCAUGGAUCUCAUGGAUCAAUACCGGUUAUUGCUGGAGAAGCACCCUCAAUGUCCUCUGAUCAUCAACUACCCGGGGUGGAUCUUUGGACAAGGGUUAGAGGUUGCAACUUGGUUGGUUAGAUCUCUCGGUCUCUCGGAUGUGGUCUACAUGAGUGAGAAGGGCCCGACAGAGGUUGUGGACCCAUUAGGCCGGGCAGCUAAUGAAGCUCGAGUUCCCUUGACAAUCCUGCCAUCUCAGCCCACUGAUUUUGUGAGCCGAUCAAGCGCUCAAUUACGCGCGAUGCAAAUCCAGUCCUACUUCCACAUGUCACAUCCAGCCGACCUCACUACCUCACUUUGGUCGGAUACACCUCUCUCUCGCACAAGACCCCUUACUGUGAACUAUGCUGGCGCACGGCAAGGAAUUCUGGGCAUCAUGGUCAUGGGUUCCCAGAUCGAUCCCGAUCUACUGCACGAAACACUUGAAGGUUCCAUCGUAGGAGUCGUUACGGUGGAAUCCUCCAAAGCCAUCAUGGGAGAAAUGGCAACAUCACAAACAUCGAACCAUGAAGACCAUGAAGACAUUGAUAUGGAUACAGCAAACCCAGGCGCGGACAUUGCAGCUGAGCUUGCCAUGACGAAUUGCAUUGCCCGAACACCCGAGAACCUCCCUUACCUCUUCCUUGGAUCUGGCAGUUGCACCCCACUGGAUCCCAAGGCUUCAAACUGUCUUGGCCUGGCUUUGGUCCGCUCGAUCGACACCACUUCGCACAAACUCGAGCUCUCUACCCCCAUCCCCCCAUCCCACUUACAAAGUGCUCUCGAGAAAGGCCACGGAAUUGUGCUGGUCCGCGGCCAGAUCGAUAACCCGAACUGGGCUAUCAGUGAAGAAUAUUACGCCGCUCGUGCAGCAGAGCGGCGCUAUCAGCAGUCGACAUCUGGAUCGAAGAAAACUGGAGAUUCCGGCAUUGAGCAGUCUCAUGAGCUCGAUUCUUCCGAACAUAAUAGGACACUCGCCUUAUUGCGAGAGAGAGUCCGCCGGGCGAGCAAUGUGCCUUGGAUGACUGUCGUGGAGGACAACAGCCGUGUCCAUCGGGAGGCUGCUGCGCGACGAGAUAAGUCACUAUGGAAAUUGAGGAAGAAGGCAUAUCCUGGCAGUGAGAGCGAGGCAGAUUAUUAG